AAGAUAUUGGCAGGAAUCCGGCCGGGGGUAUCCUUAGGCGAGGCCCAUAUAAGAUUUCAUUUCCAUCCAUUAAUUUACCCUAACCAAUCUUAUUUGAUCUUCCUAGCUACUCCAUAUCUCCAUCUCUCAUUUUAUCAUAUCAUAUAUACUUACUAUAUAUAUUUGCACUAACCGCUCCAGAUUUAGGAAUCUAUACUUGCCAAAAAAAAGUAAAAACCAGUUUUGUCUGAACAUGGAUGAUUUUAAUUCCUUGAUUCCUUGGUACCAAGAUGAUGACCCUUUUCUUUUUCAAGAUACAAACAUCCCAAAUCUUCCCUACCCAGAUCAAACAACUUUUCCAGAUCUAAAAAAUCAUCAUGUGCUUUCUUCUGAUUGUUCAGUACCCAUGAUUAGUACUACUACUACUUCACCUACCUUUGGGGAGAGCGAUCUACAGGUUGUAACCACCACUGCCACUACUUCUAGCGCCCCUUCCUCCUCCGCCAACAAAAAGGGGAAAAGGCUGCGAAAACCCGCAAAUACGGAUCCAGACAAUGACAAUGAGACCCCGGUUGAUCUGGACCAUAAAAGGGCUCUUCAUAGGGAUAUUGAGCGUCAAAGGAGACAAGAAAUGGCUAAUCUUUAUGCUUCUCUCAGGAUGCUGCUCCCUCUUGAGUACAUAAAGGGAAAGCGCGCAACGACGGACCAUAUUCAUCAGGCAGUGAACUACAUCAAACACAUGGAGGGCAAGAUUAAGGAGCUUGAAGUGAAGAGAAACAAGCUGAGGCAAUUGCCUGGUGAAAACGGACAAAUUAAUGUUGCCGAUGAGGCCAGAAGCCGUGCUUUAUCUAAUGUAGCAUUCACUGUCAGAUCUUGCUCCGGUGGAGGAGUUGAGAUUCUCAUGAAUUGUGAUCCGGGUGAUGAUUGCUUUCCCUUGUCAAAGGUGCUGAAAGUGAUACUUAAUGAAGGCCUUAACGUUGUUAACUGCACGUACACCAAAGUCGAUCGAAACUUUCAUUGUACAAUCCAGACUGAUGUUGAGGGAGACAGUCAGAUGAACGACAGUGAUCUAAGUUCCCUUCAACAAAAGCUGAAUGCCAAAGUUCUUGAUUGGAAGUGGUUGGGACAUAGCUCUCCGAGUGCCUGAAUUAAUAGUCAGAUCCGCACGUUCCAUUCGUAAUGCAGACAUUAGGGAUAUUGCGAAUGUCUUUCCCGAACUUGGAGGUUUUAAAUGGACUUAAAGAACGUAUCUUGCAUGUUCAUCGAGGCCCUUCAUUCUAACCGGCUAACGGAGUGAAGUAGUGAGCCAAACAAUGCUUGUUUGCAUGGUUAGAAAUGAAAGAACAAGAAGGGGAGGAAAAUUCGCCAGAAUAAUUCGAGAAAUAUUCAGUAUGUUUGGUUUGUCAGCCAUAUACACUUUGCUAUUCGUCAGCCUUUAAGAUGAUGAGUAAUUAUUUGUAUUUUUUUAUGCAAAUUUAAUAUCAAAUCUUACACACAAGCCCAAACGGAGAACAUUGCAUAAAAUUGUUGUCGAACUAAUUUAUAUGGAGA